AUGCAUUGCCUGAAGACAGCACUGUGCUUCCUAGCGCUGUUAUACGGUGGCGGUGGAGUUACUAAAUCACCUGGUAUUUCAGAGUUUUGGACAGACGACUACAAAGUCUUCGAGCAGAUAUACGGCAAGACGUCUGACAAGGAUCUGUACGGGGAGCAACUCCCGCGCAGCAUCUACUCGGGUGUCGACAAAACCAAGAGCCAGGCCUCGGAGAAGAAGGAGCGGUACAUCGACCACGACGCUUCUGAGUUCGACAGCUACGCCUUCGGCCAACGGUACGCCCAGCUCUUCGCGAAACAAGAAAAGACCACAAACCCACCAAAAUCCUUCAACUUCAUCAGCUUCAACGACUUCAAACCAAUAAGUCAACAAAGCGAUCCAGAGACGUACACCUACUUGAAACAUUUAGAGAAAUACAACCAAGAGCAGAAGAUCAAGUUCCCUAAAGGGAUGGGCGGGUUCAAGCCUUAUUUGAGCUAUAACGACCACGACCCCGAGGAAGACCAGGCUUACAAGAGUAUACAGGACAUUUUGGAUGCUCACGAAGCGAAUAAAGGGUCUAAAAGUGUGGAGAAUGAGGAUGACGUUAAUUACUUGACGUAUGGACCUGGGAAGGGCAGGAAGAAAGCUAAUCCGAGGAAGAAACCGGGAGCAGAGUUUAAUAAGCCUAGAUGCUAUUCUGGGAGGUGCAGGAAGAGAGCCACCAGCAGCGUCAGGGUUCGCUCCAGGCCGUACGUGAGGAAAGUCGUCCAUCGACUCAGUGGCUAUUAGAUACGAACUAGUGGUAGUUUGUGGUAAGCCGCAUAUCAUAGUUCGUGAAUUAAUUUGUUACUCAGAGUUGUUAUCUAGAUGAUUGUUUAAUUUAAUAG